AUGAUUGAAAAUAUUUUUCAAAAUCCAAUUCAACAAACACCUUCUCUUGACAUAGACAUUGAAAUCGAUCUUGAUUUACUUUUUGAGCAACCAAAAACCGCUUACAAUUAUGAACUUCUAACUACUUCAAUUAACCCUACAGGAACACCCAAUGAAGUUAUUCCACAAACAAACCAAAAUGAAUCAGGUUUUAAAAGAGGUUCAAUCGAUCAAACCCUCUUUCCUAAAAUCUUUAAUAAACAUCUGUUAAUCGUACAAAUAUAUGUUGAUGACAUUAUUUUCGGUUCUACUGAUGAAUCUUUAAGUGUUAAGUUUGCAGAACUAAUGAAGAGCAAAUUUGAAAUGAGCAUGAUUGGGGAGAUGACUACUUUUCUUGGACUUCAAAUUAAACAGUCAACUGAUGGCAUUUUCAUCAACCAAGAGAAUUAUGUCAAAAACCUACUCACUCGAUUUUCAAUGGACAAAUCCAAUACCGUAAAAACCCCAAUUGCUUUUGGAUACAAAAUCAAUGCAGACUUAAAUGGCAAACCCGUUGACAAGAAAAGAUAUCGUGGAAUGAUCGGAUCACUCUUAUACCUCAUUGCCAGCAGACCUAACAUCAUGUUUUCUACAUGUGUCUGUGCCAGAUACCAAGCAAAUCCUAUGGAAUCCCAUGUAGUUGUUGUGAAACGCAUCUUCAAAUACCUUAAAGGCACUCCCAAACUUGACCUUUGGUAUCCAGCUAAAUCCGAUUUUCAACUGAACACUUUCACCGACUCAGACUACGGAGGAUGCAAGCUAGACAGGAAGAGUACAUCUGGUAGCUAUCAAUUCCUAGGAGGUAGACUAGUGAGUUGGACUUCAAAGAAACAAACUUGUGUGUCCACAUCAACAGCAGAAGCUGAAUAUGUCGCUGCCGCCAGUUGUUGGUCACAAGUCAUAUGGAUGCAAACUUAA